CUUGGAUAGCUAAAAGCUCAGUAUCUAAAACUUUUUUUGGUCAAGUGUAAAGUUCAGUAUCCAAAAUUGAAGAACUGAAUUGUGGCGGUAGGGUAUAUUAAACUGUUAUAUAUUUCUAGCACAAGAAGUCAACUACACUUUGCUACUUGCUGGGAAGGUCUCUGGUUUCUAGUAAAUUGGUACAGCUACAUGCAAAUUGUUCCUUCUCACUCGGAUUCAACUCAGGACACAAGCCACCCAUGAUAAUGAGAAUGCUAACAUGCGGUGCAUAGAGAGGGAAAGGCAAGCACACUGCUGGCAUUCAAACAAGGCUUCGUUGAUAGCUAUGAUCAACUUUCUUCAUAGGAAAUAGAAGCCGGAAAUCAAGACUCUUGCAAAUGGCAGGGAAUCUUCUGUGACACCCAAACUGUCCAUGUUACCAAAUUUGAUCUCGGCGUGUACACUCAAUUUGAUCCCGGUUGCAAUAUCUAAAUCUCUUUGGUAAUAAUUACUGGUAUAACAUCUUAAUAUUUUAUUUAUUAUUGAAUUUAAAUUUGGGUGUUUCAAUUCAGAAUUUAAUAUUUUAUUCUCUUUGACAUCGUACUAGGGUGGUGUUAAGUUAGUUAGUUAGUAAAUAAUAUCUGGAGAACUAAUUAGGAAAUUCAACUCAUAUAUGCCAACUCUUCAUGUCAUCAUCUUCGGUUUUGUAUUAUUUUCUUGUUAGCACAGUAAGGUGAGAUAACAGCGACUUUUCAGGCUUAUCUCCAUUAUUAGCAUGAGUAGUUGACACUAUAAAGCAACUAGAGAUUGUGAUCAAUCAGCGGGAAUAGCUAUGAGGUAUUCCACUUGCUUUCAUACACAAGUCAAUUGGUUAUUGGUAUAUAUGAAAAAGAUGUGCACAGUAAUGGAGUUUGUUCUUCUUCUUUUUCGUUUUUGUGCUGCUGAGAGUGACACCUGCCAACUGGGAAUUAAGUUCAAUAAAGAAUUUUAGCCAAUGGAAUUGUUGUCUGUAUUUUUAAGACUAGAAUUGAAUAAUAGUGAGAUGCAUAAUGGCACAUGCAACACAUUCCCACUAUCACCAACCCCAUAUAUUCUCCACUAUAUCAGAAUCAGCCAAAAAAUCCACAUGCUGGUGGAUGUAGUCAUUUCCUAAAUCCUGACUAGCUAAUCCUCCUUGACUUUAUCUCCAAGCAAAGUAUACUGAAAAGCUUAUUAUUCUAACAGAAGCGGUUUGUUUUCUUGUAGUGUAGCCUUUAAAUAAUAUUGCUGUUUGAUAGCACGAUUCAGAUAAUAGAGGUUUUGUCCUGGAGGUAUGGCUGGUCCAUUGCAUUUUUGUUGAGCAUAUAUCUUCUACUUACAUGCGUAUUGCAAGUAAUUAUUGCACUGUUGACACUACCGUGUUGAGUCUGAAAAAUGUCCACCAAAAUGGUACUUCUUUUUGUGAUCUUCCUCAACAUCUAUGUCAGCUUGGCUUCUGAUCCGGAUCCGGUCCAAGACUUCUGCAUAGCCAACACAGCAGAAUCUGCAACCGCAAGCAAUGCCAUCCAAUGCAAGAAUUCAUCCCUUGCAACAGUAGAAGAUUUUGUAUAUUCUGGCAUCAAGUCUCCUGGAAAAUUUGGCCAAACAGGUCUUUCUGCCAUUUCAGUGAACUCAAAUGUCUUUCCAGGACUGAACACACUUGGAAUGUCAUUUGUCCGAGCUGAUUUUGAAGUUGGUGGUGUAAAUGUGCCUCAUUACCAUCCGAGGGCAACGGAGACAGCCUUUGUGCUUGAAGGAAAGAUUUAUUCCGGGUUUGUUGAUACGAAUAACAAGAUUUUCGCUAAAGUGAUCGAAAGGGGUGAGGUCAUGGUGUUUCCAAAAGGGUUAGUGCACUUCCAAAUGAAUGUUGGUGACACUCCAGCAACCAUAUUGGGGAGCUUCAACAGCCAAAAUCCUGGAUUGCAAAGAAUUCCCACUUCAAUUUUCGGAUCCGGGAUCAAAGAUGAGCUCUUGGAGAAGGCUUUUGGAUUGAGUUCUAAGGAGAUUGCCAAGUUGAAAAAGAAGCUUGGUCCCCAUUGACUGGGCUAGAGAACUGCAUUUUCAUUUUCCUAUUCGUAUGUAUUGAGUCUACAGACACUUUUUCAUGAGCAAAUAUAUAAAUCUGAAUUACUAUCUCAAUUUGGGUUCAUUUUGUUUAUUGUAUGUAAAGGAUUCCAUAUGCCAAUAAAUCCUUGGGAUAUAGGUUUUAUACUAUUCUAUUUGCA